AUGGCCGAAUCGGCAUCUUCCCCCCAGCUCAACAUCGACGUGGAGUUCUCUGGCGGACUGGAAAUGCUCUUCUCCAACAAGAGACAGCAUGCUCUGUCCAUUCCCGCGGCAGACCAGGAUGGGAAACCCGUCGACAUCGCGUACUUGAUAGACCACCUAUGCCGAAACGUCAUGGACGACACUCGCAAAGACCUCUUCGUUCUUGAAAAUCAUCUCCACGUCGGUUCAAAGAAGCGCCUCUUAUAUCAACUCCUACUUGGAUUUUCAUGGAUCUCGUGGCUGACAGGUGUGGCAAACAGUCGACCGGGUAUCCUAGUUCUCAUCAACGAUGCCGACUGGGAGCUCGAAGGCGAGGAGGCCUACGAGAUCCAGAGCGGUGACAAUAUUCUGUUUGUCUCGACGCUGCACGGAGGUUAG